AUGGCAGACGACAAAGGCGAAUUCAUCAAAGCAGCAAGAGAAAUAUAUCAACUGGACGAUACCGACAGCGAAUCAGACGAAGAAGAACCAACACCUCGAAUCGACGAGCAAACGGAUAAUAGUCAUAAUAUGAACAUGGAUACUUCUGAAGAUAAAUGGAAACCAGCGAUAUCUAGCAAGCAAAUAAUAAGAGAGAUGCUGAAACCUAGCGGCAACGAUAUGGUGCAAAUUGGACACGGAUACGCAUCAGUGCCUACCAGAAUCCUAUCACAGAUUAAUUGGUCAUCAUACACGGCUGCUACAAGAAAAUUGUUGGCAGCAGUAUUUUCACGCCGAGUGUUAGCCACCCACUCUCUAACCGGGAAAUCAUCUCCCGCGUUCCCGGGUAAACCUGCAAAGAAGCAACUCGACCCUCGACUUGUAGACGACAUCGUUCAAGUUGUUGUCGAACGCUGCGGUGUGCCUGCAAGCCGUGUCCGAACCAUCAUAACUACGAAAUGUGCUGAUGAAAACAAAAUGUUCCGCAAUCGCCAACAAAAUAUAAAGAAAGAACAGUUGAUAAUACAGAAUCAGGAAAACGUUCCUCCCUCACAGUGACGAUUCUUUUGAUGAAACGAUUUGAUAUGUUUAUUUUAUAUGAUUAUAAUUAUUGGAUCACGGCACGGUACCUGCCUACCAUUAGGUAUUAUUUUCACAGAAAUUUCGCAGUGUCUCUGUCUGGCCUUCGAAAAAGGUAACUAUAUGUAACUUACACCUACCCAGGAAGUUGAUUUGGGGGGUAUUUUAUAUAUUUAUUAGUUAUCUAUGAUGAAUUUGCAAUGUAUAAAACUUUUACUUACCUAGUCGAGUUGAGUAUUUAAACUAUUUCACAGAGGAAAUGUAACUCAUUUUGUAUGUUUAUCAUGCCAGUAAGAUUAAUUAUUUAAUUUUAUAUAAUUUUACUUAGUUAUAGUUAGAUUUAAUUUCUAGAUUAAUUAUGGUAUGUUUACCUAUUGUACGUCGGCGUCCUAUUUUUUUGUAUGUAGAAUAUUAUACCAAAAUAUUAUUACAAUUCUCUUUAAUAAUAAAACGAAAUUGUUUUUAAG